AUGGCUUUGAAAUUAAGUUUCUUGGCAAUGCUUUUGUUCUUAUUGUUAGCAUCUACAACUACAGCUCAUACUAGUGUGUUUGACGUGACGAGUGCAACAUACGGUGCAAAGCCUAGCUCUGAUAUCAGUAAGGCCUUGGCCAAGGCUUGGAGUGAUGCAUGUGCAUCGCCAUCGGCAAGUAAAGUUGUUGUUCCGAGCGGGACAUACAAGUUAAAAGAAGCAACUUUCAGAGGCCCCUGUAAGGCUCCUAUAGAGUUUCAAGUUCGAGGCACAUUGCAGGCUCCAGCAAACACUGGCCAACUCACAAGGCCAGAUACUUGGGUUGGUUUUCAAUAUAUUGACAUGCUCACCUUAUCAGGUGGUGGGACUUUUGAUGGCCAAGGAGCACUUGCUUGGAGUCAAAAUGACUACCACAAAAACAAAAAUGGCAAACCUAUUCCCGUUAAUUUGCGGUUCGAAUUCCUCACCAAUUCCAAAGUUCAGGACAUAACUUCACUUAACAGCAAAAAUUUCCACAUGCAUGUUUUUGGGUGCAACCAUACUACAUUUCAACAUCUUACCAUCACAGCACCUGACGAGAGCAUAAACACAGAUGGAAUCCAUAUCGGGGCUUCGACUAGUAUCAACAUUACUCAUGCAAAGAUUGGAACUGGGGAUGACUGUGUUUCUAUUGGUGAUGACUCCCACCAAAUCACAGUGACUGAUGUUACUUGUGGGCCAGGCCAUGGAAUAAGCAUUGGAAGCCUUGGAAGAUAUAAGGAAGAAAAGGAUGUGAAUGGGAUCAUAGUUAAGAACUGCACCCUGACUAAUACACAGAACGGUGUGAGAAUCAAAACAUGUCCAGAUUCUCCUUCACCUAGCACUACUGCCUCAGAUAUGCACUUUGAGGAUAUUAUCAUGGUAAAUGUCAGGUUAAAUUCGGGGUCGGGGUGUUACAGUAACCCUAUCCUCAUAGACCAAUUGUACUGCCCAUAUACUCGGUGUGACCAAAAACCUCCGUCAAAAGUUAAGAUCAACAAUGUCAGCUUCAAGAACAUUAAGGGCUCAUCUUUCACUCCACUUGCAGUCAAGCUUGUAUGUACCAGAGGCAUACCGUGUGAGAAUAUGGAGUUGACUAACAUUGAUCUCACCUACGGUGGAAACCAAGGCCCUCUUACCUCUCUGUGCUCUAAUGUCAAGCCCAGAAUUACUGGCGUGAUAAAGGCUCUUGGUUGUGCUACAUCGUCCUUGGCACCUCUUCCUUUAUCCAAGAAAUAG